AUGAAGCUAGUUUGGUCUCCAGAAACUGCCUCAAAGGCUUAUUUCGACACCGUGAAUUCAUGUGAACUUCACAAAGAAUCAGGCGUAGCAGAACUUAUUUCAGCCAUGGCAGCCGGGUGGAAAGCAAAGCUAAUAGUAGAAACAUGGUCGCGGGGUGGGGCAAUUGUGACGAGUGUCGGUCUCGCUGUUGCAAGCCGCCACGGUGGCGGUAGGCAUAUUUGCAUAGUCCCUGAUGAAGAAUCAAGGGUGGAGUACGUUGCAGCCAUGGAAAAGUCCAACAUAUCGUCCCAAGUCGUCGUUGGCAAGGCCGAGGAGGUGGUGGAAAGUUUAGAGGGCAUUGAUUUCUUGGUGGUGGAUAGCCGGCGGAACGAAUUUGCGAGAAUCCUCCGGGUGGCGAAACUUGGCCAAAGGGGUGCUGUGCUGAUAUGCAAGAAUGCGAAUUCAAGAGCAGCAUCGGAUUUUAGGUGGCGAAGUGUAGUUGAUGGUGAGUCGAGGAUUGUGCGGUCCAUGUUUCUGCCGGUGGGGAAGGGGUUGGAUAUUGCACAUGUCGGGGCUAGAGGAGGAGGCACGGCCUCCGGGAAGGGUGAGAGACGGUGGAUCAAACGCAUUGAUCGGCAGUCGGGUGAAGAGUUCGUCAUCCGAAAGUGA